UGUAGCGAUGUAUAUCUACUCGAAAAGCUACCAGAGAUGUCACGGUGAAGCCUUCAAAGGUGCCAUGCUUUGAGCUGCCAACGUCCAUCAUCAUCCGCGGCAAUAUUGGAUCCCAAUGCUACUCUGAGUCAUUCCCAGCUGACGUCCACGAUGAUAACUUCACAUUCGUAGUGGGGCUGGACCCCCCUCCACCUGCAUCCGCAUACGAUCGCGUGGCAUGGCGGAUGCAUCUCGAGGCUCCCUUGUUAACACAAGGCUACACAGUUACACUUUGGAAGGGUAUACUCAAAGAUGAAGACGACUUGACGUCUGCGAAGACUGCUGUGCAUCUUAUCGACACUGCAUAUGAUGAUACCUUCGUAGUUGGGGCAGAUGCCUGGAAAGUCACGACCAACAAAACAGACACGCGCGGCAUGGACGAGAGAGAGGGUUGGUCCUUUAUGGAGAUCGUAACGGGCGCGGGUCAUACGACCACCGAGCACCCCUUUGAACCGUCGCUAACCAACACACAACUGGAAGAAAUUGGGAUGAUCAGACAAAUCAAGUUCAUGGACGGUUGUACCGCUCAAUUGGGUCUCCUGCCGCAGCCGAAGACGUGGAUGAUGCUAAGCCACGAUUGGCGGAGAAGCCAGUGUCAUGAGCUGUUCAUGCCAUGGCAAUUCGGUGUUGCUUUCGCCAUAGACAUCCCUCUCUUGGAUGACUAUGCAGAUGGUAUUCUCGGCUUAGGCUUGAACGAGUAGGACUCUUCUAUCGCUUCUUUGCACAGUUCACUGUAAUCACCA